AUGAAAACUGCUCAAACACCAGAAAAGUUGAAUAAUCGAAAAGACAGUAUUCUAGCAAUUAUUAAUACAAUAAAAGAAUUAUCGGACAGAAAAAAUGAAAUCCAACUUCUCAAAAAACAACAAAGCCUCUUUGCCGAAAAAGAGCAACAAAUCAAUUACCUCGAACUUCGUGUCCAAGAAUUAACCAAUCUAAUCAAAACUCAAAAACAAAAGAUAAUUCAAGACUUUUUAAAUAUUCUUCCCGAAAAAGAACUAAUUCAACAAUUAAUCACUACUUAUUUAGAAUUCAAAAAGGCUGAAAAGCAAAAACUUCCCUCCCUUAAACUCAAAAAGCAAAACCAAAGAAUUGAGGAUGAAUUAAUAGAGAAGCUCGGAGAAGAAUUUGUCGAAAAUCUUCAACCAAUUUUAAAACAAAGAAAAUUAUUAAAAAUGAAUAGUGGCAAAGAAGAAAAAGAAUUAGUCAACAAGCACGAAAAAACCAGUCAAGAACAAAUGGAAAAAUUCCAAGAAUUAAAAAUAGAAAUGGCUGAAAUGAAAGGACAAUUAGCAAUGAUAAAAGAUAGACCUCAGCAAACUAUUAAUGUAGAAGGAGGUCAUGUUUUAGUUGGCAAUCACAUGGGAGAUAAUACCAAUCUUUCUCAUGCUAUUCAAGCACAAGCUGAACAACAAGCACUCCAAGUCCAACCAACUAACCAACCUUACGGCACACCAGGCUCAAGCAAAAACUAA